AUGACAACCAUCGAGGAGGUGACAGCGCGCUUCGCGACGGCCCAGGAGCGUCUGGACGCUCUGGAAAAGUCGCUGGAUGACCUGGAGGGGGUGGAGCGCGUGAAGGAGCAUCUGAAGCGCGAAAAUCUGACCAGCGCCGCGCUCAAAACGGCCCCGAGUGACUAUUAUGCUUGGACUCUGACCAAGAGGGCGAAACUACUUGGCUGCGAAAUUCCGCACCUGUGCAAGAGUAUCAUCGUUGAGAAUGUGGCGUGUGUCAACAGCGGGGUCGAGGAUCCGCUAAAUAGCCGUUACUAUUGUGUAGCGCUGCAAUACAACUCCAAGCUGGACGCGGAGCAGCUCCGUCGUUUUGUGCGUGACAAUAUCCCCGAGGCGGACCGGCCGUCCAAGAAGAAAUUCAACUUCCAACACGCUCCCGGAGAGGUGUCAGAAGAGCUGACGGGCUUUGGUCACAACGGAGUGUCUGCGUUCGGCAUGAAGACGCCCAUCCCGGUGAUCGUGGCUGGGGCAAUUGCCGAGUUAAGGCCUCCAUGCCUCUGGCUCGGCGGCGGUGCUGAAUCUGUUAAGCUCCGUAUCAGCGUGCAAGACCUGGUGAAGGCGUUGGGUGCACGUGUGGCUGAUGGUAUCACAUCCCUCCGCGUGGACUAA